AUGCGCGUUUUCAGAAACCCCACAUCGGGCCUCGACGCAAUCCUCAACCGUCCCCCCGAAACAUCCUGGGACCGCCUCGUCGCCUCCCCCAUCACCACCAUCGCACGCUACCUCUCCACCUUCUUCCCCGUCUCCUUCCCGAUCGUGCCGCGCGAAGACGACGCGGUGACGGUGGUCUGCAUCUCGGACACGCACAACACGCGGCCGCGCCUGCCGCCGGGCGACAUCCUCGUCCACGCGGGCGACCUCACCGACUCGGGGACGCGGGCCGAGCUAAAGGAGACGGUGGACUGGAUCAAGGCGCAGGAGCAUCGGUUCAAGGUUGUGGUGGCGGGGAACCAUGACCUCUGUCUCGACGAGAGGUUGCGGGAAGGAGAAGAGGAGGGAGAGGUGGACUGGGGGGAUGUGGUGUACCUCGACUGCUCGUCCGCCACGCUCAAAGUGCCGGUAGGCGGCGACGGGGGCAAGACGAGAGAGAUCAGAGUGUACGGCAGCCCGUAG